AUGGCUUCCUCUUCCGCGUUCUCAGAUCCUCCUCCUUCCAGACACCACACUUACAACCGAAAACAAAAAUCCCUAGGCCUCUUGUGCACUAAUUUCUUGGCUCUGUACAAUCGAGACUCUGUUCACUUGAUUGGCCUCGACGAUGCCGCAUCCCGGUUAGGUGUUGAGAGAAGACGGAUCUACGACAUAGUCAACGUUUUAGAGAGCAUCGGGGUGCUUUCCAGAAAAGCUAAAAAUCAGUAUACGUGGAAGGGGUUUGACGCAAUUCCCGUCGCACUUCAGGAGCUCAAGGAAGAGGGGUUGAAGGAGAACCCUAAUGUCUUGGACGGCGGCAGUGACAAUGGAAAAGUGUCCGAUGACGAGGACGAAGAUGAAACAUCGUCCAAUCUCGCUACUGGAAGCCAAAAUGACAAGUUGAACUCUGAUCCUGCUCUUCCCAAACCUCUGAAAAACGAUAAUAGAAGGGAAAAAUCUCUGGCGUUGCUUACUCAAAAUUUUGUCAAGCUCUUUGUGUGCUCUAAUUUGGAAAUGAUCUCUCUGGAUGAGGCCGCAAAAUUAUUGCUUGGGGAUGCCCAUAAUUCAUCAAUAAUGAGAACAAAAGUCAGGCGCCUAUAUGAUAUUGCAAAUGUGUUAUCCUCCAUGAAUCUUAUUGAGAAGACUCACACAGCAGAUUCAAGAAAACCAGCAUUCAAAUGGCUGGGCUUGAAAGGGAAGACAUGGAAUGAGUCACUUAACAAUUCAAUUUUGAACGAGUCUAGGAAAAGGGCUUUUGGAAAUGAUAUAACAAACAUCAGUUUUGAGAGGAACAAAUCGGAUUUAUUAAUAAAUGGAGACUUAAAUCGCAAUCCUAAGAAGCAAAAAAACUUGGAAAAUGAUAGUGGCUUCGGUCAGGCAGACAAAAGCAAUUUAAAGCAAGGCUCAAAACAGACUUUAAGGAACUAUCAAUUUGGACCUUUUGCUCCAUCUUCUGUGCCAAAAGUUGGGACCUCUGAGAAUAAUAAUAUGAAACAGGCGCGUGACUGGGAGAGUCUCGCAACUGCACAUUGUCCUCAGUAUCAAAACAAAGCUUUAAAAGAGCUCUUCUCCCAUUACAUGGAAGCAUGGAAAUCGUGGUACUCUGAGAUUGCUGGGAAGUAA